AUGGUCAUUAAGCGCGACAUGUCGAUUAGGAUGCGAAUAAAGAGCCCUGCAUGUGAUUCAUUGCUGCUGAUCAUCGAGAACGGAUUCCUACCAUGGGAAAACAGCGAUUUGGAUGACCUUGGCGGCAUUUACAGGACGUUGGCGUCAUCAUGCAGGAACUCUCUGACUUAUUUACAACAUUUUUGGUUCGGACCCAGCCGCCUACUACUUGCGGAGCUCAGUAGGAGCGCAGUGUGGGUUGUCCACCAUCGCUAUCUCGGCGUGCUAGAUAUCCAUAGAAUGUCACCAAACUCUCUCCGCAAAGCCGCCCCGAAACAUAAGUCAGAGGAGUUCUUUUUUCACGUUCAGAUCCAUCUUCUUUUGCUUAGUGUGAUCAAAUGCCAAGCGUUGCGCCUUUUUCUGCGACCCUUCCGCAACGCCAAGGUUUCCACUAUCCUCGAAAACGUCAAUACCAUUCGUGCGGACUCGUUUGAUCCUCGUCUUUGCCCUUCAGCCAAGAUGUUCUGUCUCUGCUUCGUCAUGCCCCCUCGGUCCUGUGGUGACAUGUGUGGGGGCCCAGCGACGAAGAUGACUUUUCAUAAGCAGCCACGAGGCGGAACUGGUUUUUUCAUAUCUUCUUCAUCUUUCAUUCGGAUUCUUUUUCAUUUCUUUUUUAAUUGGAGCGUUGUCGUGGCCUUUGUGGUUUUAUCUAGUGUUGUAAAAUGUGAAGAAGUCACUAUUAAGGGCAGCUGGACAGUAUGCUUGACCUAUCCAUCGUCCACCUUUGCCACUUCCGGCUUUGCUUCUUACUUUUCCCUCAUUCAAUCUCUCACUAAACGUCAGAUAAACAUCGGAGGUCUCCAACUCGGGGGAGGAGGGAAAGGAAAAGAAGGCCAAGAGAAUACGCCGGCUUCUGGGAAUCGUAAUGGGACAAAUGGGAAUGACAAUGCGGGGCUGAGCAUUGGCGGACUGACUCUGGGUGGCCCCGGAGGUGGCAUCACUUUCACAGGGAACGGGCAGAAAGGACAACAAGGCGAAGGCCAAGCUCAGGCAGCUGAAUCUCAAAAGGGGGAACAAGCAGCGAAAGGUGGAGGCCAAGCUGCCGCAGGAAAUGCGACCGAGCCCGCUGCUGAGACUCAGAAGCCAGGGGAGGGUCAGGCUCAAGCUAGUGAGGGUCAGGCUCAAACUCCGAAGGGAGAACAGGGAGCAAAGGGCGAGGGUCAGGGUCAGGCGGGUGAAGGUCAGCCCAACGCGAAUUCUACUAAGGGCGCUUCUGGGACUGAGAAGCAAGGCGAGCCCCAGGCUCAGCUAGAGGGUCAGAAGCAGGGUGAAGGGCAAGUGCAAGCCGCCGAAGGUCAAGCCGCGGCUGGAAACGCAACAGAAGGUGAAGGAGGUCAGAAAGAAGGCGAGCAACAGGGUGGAGAACAGCAAUCCCCGAAGGGAGAGAAGGCAAACGAGACCCAAGGAACCGAAGGACAAGCAGCGAAGGGAGAAGCAAAUGGCAAUCUCGCGGUCGAGCAAUCCGAACAAUUUUCCGAAGGAUUCGGUAUCACCCUUGACCAAAACGGCAACACAGCAAAUUCGGGCGGAAAUCUAGGAAUUACUCAGGGGACAGACGGAUCGCAGAGCGUGGGUGGUGAGAACGGGAUCAACAUUGCGGCAAAUGGAGAGGCCACUAUUGCAGGAAAUGAGAGAGAUGUUAUCGUGUCGGACAACUUUCGACGAGGAUGUUCCUGUUACUCCAAGGGUUUGGAAAUGUUGAUAGAUUUACUUCGCAGCGGAAGUGCAAGAGGUGAAUAUGCCAAGCUAGACCAUCGAGCAAGCGAUUGGUUUUGCGUGCAAGUGCAGAGAGGGAAACCUGCAGUGUCUCAAAGAGUUUCACGGACGUUUCCCAGGCUAGGCCGUACGUAUCCACGCGUGCGGCUGUCACCGCUUCCGGUAUUCGUUUACUGGAAUGUUCCUAAAGUGAUGAAAGAGGCCGCCGAGCCCGGAAUCUGCAUUCUUGAGCGGUAUGUUAUCAAAAGCUCCUCUAAAACGUCACAGAGCACUGCAGAUAUGGGAUUAAAAGGAGAUAGCGGCUGCAACAGCUUUGAAAACAUGGGGCUGUACCUUAAGUUUUACGUAGCCGCGCGCUAG